UUAAUCAACAAGAGUACAUUUAAACACUGUACCAAUUAUAACGAAAACCUAAACGCUGUCGCACUGGAGAAUAAAAUUAUUAAAUUUGAUAAACCUAUAUAUAUUGGAUUCGCUGUACUGGAUGUAUCAAAAACGCUAAUGUAUGAGUACCAUUAUGAUGUCAUGCAGAGGCACUAUGGAGACAAAAUUAAAUUAAUGUACACUGAUACAGAUUCAUUGAUUUACCACAUACAAACGGAUGAUUUUUAUGCAGACUUGGCGACCAACCAUAACUUGUUGGACCGGAUGGACACUGCCAACUUGCCCACUGACCAUCAGUGCUAUGUGGCAAGCAGAAAGAAGUCUCCAGGAUACUUUUCCGAUGAAGUGGACGGCAACAUUAUUACUCAUUUCUGUGCGUUGAGGGCCAAGUCCUACGCUUUUAAUAUAUAUGCUGGUCCAGAGGAUGAGGUUGCAAAUGAUAGAGUAGGAGGAGAAAAGAUUAAGGCGAAAGGAAUCCGGUCUCAUGUGGUUAAAAACCACAUGACAUUCGAGGACCAUAGAAAGUGUUUGUUUGGGGAAGAUGGAGUGGAGGCGUACAAGGAGAAUGUAUCGAUUAGGUCAUUUAACCAUCAACUCAUGACCAUAAAGACAAAAAAAUUAACUUACAAUAGCUAUGACGAUAAGAGGGUGGUGUUAGAAGAUAAAGUCAACACACUAGCCCAUGGACACUAUAGUAUAGAAGAAGAUGACAUAUGGCCAGAACUUGAGGAAGAUGGAGGGAAAUGGGGCGCUGAGGAAAAAGAAUUGAUGAGAGAGCUACUACAAUGUAUAAAUUAA